GGAUACCCUUGUUGCAAGUUGUAUACGAAGAAAUGAGGAACCAUUUUUGAGACGAGUAAACGUUUGAGCGCAAGUGGCAGUCGCCGGAACAGUGACGGCGGACCAAUCCAGGAACGGAGCUAGAGCGGUGAGGAGGAGGAGGAGGAGGAGGAGAGCGAUUUAGCGGUCAAAUGAGCGCAGGUAAAGUGGAACGAGGAAGGAUCAAUAUCGUUUUCUGUAUCAUUGAUGAAAAUGGUUAUGCUACUCGUAUUAGUUGUAUACUCCAUAACAAAAAUAUCCUUCUUUGAUUGUUUUGUGUUGGAAUUCCGAUAUUUUGCUCCCUAUCUUUUGUAAGAUUGUUGUUAUAAAGAGAGGAAAUUGGAAUUGGGAUUUAGUUGAUUAGAAGUGAAAGUAAUGAUUACCGUUCAACGUUUAGAAUGCUGAAAAAUAAUCAAAGAUUGUAGCAUACUGGAAGGAAAUUAAGGAUAAGAGUGUGGCUUAGAGGCUGGUGGUUUUUAAUGAUUUUAGUUGGAAUGUUAAACUGUUCUUGGGGAUCUUAUUUGAUCGUAAUGAAAAGAGAAUUAGGGUUUUAAACCUUAUCUAUUAUCUAAGAAUUUAUUGUUGUGAGGGAUGUGGGAUUGGAUUCCUGUUCCAGUUGAUAAUUGUCUUAAAUACUUUGUCAUUUUAGAAGUUGCUCAUUCACCUUGAAUUGUUCUCAAAUGGCAAAUAGGGUGGAGAGGGAUUGAAUCGUUCUUGGGUUUAUACCAGUCUAGAUUAAAAAUGAAAUUUGAUAAUUACAUCCAAAUUAUCAGCCUCAAGAGUGACGGGAAAAAGCUUCACCUGCUGACAGGUGCUUGUUAGUGUAAAUUGUUUACAGUUUGUAUAAUGAGAAUACAGGAGGAAUUGCAGC